CUCCGGAAGUGUUUUAGUUGGCCAGCAAUGUCCUAGCAGCUAGCCAUGUAGCUUUUUGUCAAACUCUUGUUGGUCAUUUUGGGCUUGGGGCUGAAUCAUACUGUCAUCUUUGUGGGUUUUGUGUUUUGAGAUGGACAUUUUAAGGGACGACGAAACGCACGAGCUAAAGUACAAACCCGGGGGACGUUUGGAUAUGAGCCAUGGCUUCUUGCACCAUAUCCGCAGGAACCAGAUCGCCAGAGAUGACUAUGACAAAGAAGUGAAGUUAGCCAAAGAACUCCAGCGGCGGAGGCACACCACAACUCCUCGACGACCACGGAGACCUGACAUUCAGGUGUACCAUCCCCGACGUCGAUACGAUUCCGAGCCAGGGGCCAGCGCUGAAACAGAAGAGUGGAAUGAGAGUGGCUCGAGUACAGAGACAGAAACACAGGGAAUUGAACUCUUCUGGCUUGACUAUCAGGCAGACUCAGGGACCAUUACAUCCUUCCUUGUGCAUAAGGACGACGCACCAGGAAGAGUUGUAGAACGUGUCGCGGCGAAGAAUAUCCUGGAUUCAGCUAUGAGGGCAGCCCUGGAGGCCCGCAUUCGAAAGGAGAUAGAUAAAAGACGAGAUAAACGCUGAGUGCAAAUCAUAUGAGAGUACUUCACAACACAAGCAAGGUAGGCUACGACCUGCUGAGAACAUAAUCAGCGUUACGAGCACAAAUGCUGAAGACAGAGCUGGCGGGAGAAAGAAGAACUGGAGGACUGGACUGCUGCCGUGCAGAGAUCUGAGCCACACUCCAGUUGUGUUUUAACAAGGAACCACAGCUAAAAUUCACUCACUUAUUUUGAGUCAACUCAUAGCGAAGCAUUGUUUACAUAAAAAAAUAGCAAGGUUCUCAGUGAAUGGGGCAGCAGUUUUGUCAGUGAGUGUUGUAUUCUUUACCCGUCUUCUAAUUUAUUUCUUUUUGAUAGUUUUCUGUUGGCAUUUGUAUUCAUAAAAUUACUUUUGCAUAUCCAUUUGUUACUCUAUAAAUGUGUCCUGUUGUAUAAAAAUGACAUGACUUCUAAUUUACGCAGUGUUACUCGGUGUGAAGAUCAAAAGGUGGAUUAUAGAUGCGGUCUCAAUUCCAGUCAGUGCAAAGGACCAGUACCACACUGCAAUCAAUACAUUACACUAAACAUAAUUUUUUCUGUAAUGUUUGAGCAAAGGUACUAUCAUUUUUAUUAAGAAAACAGUGUUAUGUAAAUUGACAGCAAUGACAUUGAAUUUGUAGAAUGUUCAUUUUGGUGAGGUUAGUGUAUGAUGACUACAAAGACUGCUGUUGACCAAUUUGGCAUGCACAGUGCUUUUUUUUUUUU